GCGACGCUCCAUAGAUGGAGCUGUCGCUUCUUCCGCUGCUUUCCCGCAGCCUCGCCUCUCUCUCUUUUAUUUCCUCGCCUUCCUGCUUCCCAGCAAACCUCUCCAAGCUUCCCGGUUCCUUUGCAUCCAUCCAUCAAAUCCUGUGCACCGCUGCUCCUCUGCAAGGAGACGCGCACACCCCUCUCCCAGCCCAGCGCCCAGCAAAGGCUCAGCACCAUGGCUGAAUGGCCCCUUUCUGCCCAGUCUUCAAGGUGGAGUUCAGAAGUCCCGGCUGCUCCUGUCGUGGACGCCGCCUUCCCGAAAGAGCUGCAGACGGCCACGAUUUCUCUGUGGACAGUGGUUGGCGCUGUCCAGGCAGUGGAGCGGACGGUGGAGGCUCAGGCCCUUCGGCUCCUCAGCCUGGAGCAGAGGUCCGAGAUGGCCGAGAAGAGAUUUGGGGACUGCGAGAAGGCCGUGGCUGAGCUGGGGACCCAGCUGGACAGCCGGUGGUCAGCGCUGGAGACUCUCCUGCAGGAGUACGGGCAGCUGCAGAAGAGGCUGGAGACCAUGGAGGACCUCCUGAAGAACGGGAACUUCUGGUUUCUGAAGGUCCCUGUGAACGCGGCUGCAGCAGCUUCUAAGGUCUCAGCGGCUUCUGGCGAUGGCUCGGCUCCCUUUUCCCGGGAGAAGUGGGAGAGGCUAGAAGAUUGGCAGAGGGAGUUGUACAAAAACGUGGCCAAGGGGAACGGAGAGUCUCUGAUCUCCCUCGAUCUUGCUGUUUCUAAACUGGAGAAUUUCACCUGUGCUCCGCAAGAAGAUGCCCCUCACAUUCUGGGCCAGAAAAACUCAGAAGAAUGUGCUCAGGAACCUCUGUCCGAUUCCAAAACAGAAUCUUCCAUUUCCAGGACAGAUAUUAUUUCGUGGAUUAAGCAGGAGGAGGAAUUGUGUACCAAGGGCAAUGGCCAGGACGGAGUCCUCUCUCAAAGUACCUGCAACUAUUAUACGGUUUCUGGACUGGAUACUUUACCGGGCGACGCAGAAGGAGCCAACCCCUGUGAGCCUCUGCAGGGGGGCAACUUGGAAGCAGAAAUUCACAAGGGAUCUACUUCAGACAACGCAGGGUUACCGGCUUCCAGGUCGGAUGAAGUUCCGUGGGUCAAACAGGAGGAGACUCCAGCAGGGAGGGAUGGAGGAAACGGUCUUCAAAGCACUUGUAAUGCUAACGCCACAGCCCAGCCGCACCCGGAGGAAGCGCAGAGCGAGGAAGACCCCGCCAACCCACCCCUCCUGCUCUUCCUCCCCGGGGGCUCGGUGGCGCCCAUUUUGAACGGCACCAUCGGCGAGAGCCGGCCCCUCCCCGGCCUCCGCGGCGCCCGCAACGGGAGGCACCCUGGCUCUCCCUCGGCCAGGGGCACGCCGGAAGCGGCGGUGGAGCGUCCGCACCGCUGCGCGGACUGCGGCAAGACCUUCAGCUUGUUGCUGAGCCUUCAGAUGCACCAAAUGAACCACCAGAAGCGGAAGCAGUACGAGUGCUCGUUCUGCGGGACGGCUUUCAGCUCCCCCUCGGAGCUGGUGCGGCACCGCAUGAUCCACACGGGCGAGAGGCCUUACCGGUGCUCGGUGUGCGGGAAGGGUUUCGUGCGCAAGCAGCACCUGGUGCCCCACCUGCGCCUGCACACGGGCGAGAGGCCUUACCACUGCGCCGAGUGCGGCAAGGACUUCAUCUGCAAGCACCACCUGCAGGAGCACCAGCGCACCCACACUGGGGAGCGGCCCUACGCCUGCGCCCAGUGCGGGAAGAGGUUCCGGAGGAAAAAGUCGCUGAAGGACCACUGGAGGGUUCAUAGCGCUGAGGAGCAGCAGCAGAAGGGACAGGCGGGCUCUGCCCGGGUGCCUGAGGGCACGGAGGGGGAUGUCCGAGAGGAAAGUUAAUGUGCUGGCUCAGGGGUAGCUCAGCGCACAAGGCGCACUGUUCAGCAGUGUAUUUGUUUCUUUACAGCUCGGCAACGCCUUCCAUCAUUGCAGUUACAGGGGAUGAAGGUCUCUGCCCUCUGCUUCCCCCUCCCCAAGUCUCCUGUUUUCCAAGCAGCCUACACUGGAGGGAAGGGGUGGGUGGGAAUCUGUGCCCUUUGUUCUGCUACAUACAUAGCCGUCCAUGUCCUUGGAGACAAAGGCAGGGAGCUUAGUACAGCAGGAAUGGCAAGCUUCUGGGAUGCUUUCGCCGCCUCCUCCUCUGCUUCAUCACCUGAGUCUGAACUGCUUUCUCCACCUGGCUCAUCUUGCUCACUAAAGCCUGUUGCUUCUUCUGCCUCC